AUGUGGCAGCAGUCACUCCGCCGCCCUCCGCUCUCGAUUGCCGACGAAACCAUCUACUGGCAAACGCACGGUCUCCGCUUCUACGAGACCCAGUGGCAAAACUACAAGUCGCUCGGCGUCAUCGAAACGUACUCGGUGGCCAACGCGCUGGGCUUUGCGUAUCCUCUCACAAUCAAGUCGUCCAACGGGUCGCUGCACACGACGCAGCAGACGUCGUUCAAGAUGCAAUGGCCGCUCGCGAGUCUGCUCUGGGCAAUCACAGGCAACAGCAGUGGUCUUUCUGGGAGCAGUCUAGUGCGUCAGAGCCCUCGAUUUGCGUUUGCCAAUCGAACGAUCGCGUCGGUCUUGGCCAGAAACGGGUCCCUGACUUACCCACUGGACAUCGCCUUUGACAUCGUCGAGCGUACGCUUGGCCCCUUCGGUACUAUCUCGAUGCGCCGCGUGGCGUAUCCGGACGUGCUCGUCAACUGGAGUCGGUCGCUCACAGCCCGUUUCAGCGCCGAUAUGGUGCUCGCAAGCGCUGCCGCCAUAGCGGCAUACGAAGCGUUCCCAGGCGACGUCACGCUGCCUGUCUGGCCCAGCGCAUGGGCGUACGAGACGUUUGUCGGCGGCGACUUCAUGUGCCCGACGCAGUCCAAUAUGACGUCCAUGUGCAUGCUCUAUUCGAUGCAAGGCGCGUGCUCGGUCAACAUGCAAGACGUCGUGAGCAUCGACCUCAGUGCAAGCAGUCUCGCGCUCUUGGCGGUCGGUCCCGACGUGAACAUCACGCGCACGUGCGACGGUGCUGCCCAGCAAGAGACCGCGACGUGCCUCAUGCUUCUCGGUGCCACGACUGCCUUUUUGAACGAGCGGUAUACACAGCAGCAACGCAUCGAAAUGGCGACAGCGUCGACGGCCGUGUCGACCUACUUUGCAAAGGAGCUACCACUCGUGCUGCUUCAGUUCCUUCGCCAACCCAACCAAACGGUUCUCCUCGCGCAGUCGUUGCUCUUGGACCCGAACGACGUUGGGUUUCAUGUGUUUGGGUAUCUCUACCUCCUCGAGUGGCUCAACGGCGUGCGGGAAGUCGUUGCUUUUGACGGCGUACUUGGCAAUAUCACAGCGCUCUCGGGGCGCAAUGCUGUGCACAAGGGACCCGUCAAUCCGCUCGAAGUUCCAGUCAACGUUGCCUACUACGCCCGCUGCGUGCUCCUCUACGUCUCGGGCCCGCGGCCACAUUGA